AGUCACUCUUUAUCUUUGCCCUUUAGUGAACAAGAGUUGCUGGCUUAUAUAACAGGAACAAACAGCCAACCCAGGCCAUUCCAGUGUGGCCUUCUGAAGGAGAGGAGGCUUAAGGACUUUCAGCAUUAGCCCUGAUCAUUCGAGAAGCAUAUUGUUGAUGGGCAAUUUAACUUUUGCACAGAAGCAAAGAUGGUAGGCUCCAGAAUAUUACUACUCCUGUUAGCCCUGCCUGCCUCAAUACUAGGUAAAGAAACCAGAAGCUUCUGGCUUCAUAAAAUAGUUCAAGGGGGAAAAGGUUUUGUUCAGUCUUUUGCAUGCUGUAGUCUUUUUGGAGAUCACCAUAUUAAAACAUUUGAUGAAUCUCUAUAUGAUUUUGCUGGUGACUGCAGUUAUCUUCUUGCUGGAGACUGUCAAAAGAGAUCCUUCUCACUAUUGGGUGACUACCAGAAUGGAAAAAGAAACAGUAUUUCUCUGUACCUUGGAGAAUAUUUUGAUAUUCGUUUGUUUUUAGAUGGCACUGUGACUCAAGGAGACAAAAGGAUUUCAAUACCUUAUGCUGCCAAUGGAGUAUUUAUAGAAACUGAGGCAGGUUAUUUUAAGUUAUCCAGUGAAGAGCAUGGCUUUGCGGUGAAGGCUGAUAUCAGCAGGAACAUUCAUAUAACCCUUGCAGACAAGCACUAUAAUAAGACCUGUGGGCUCUGUGGCAACUUGAAUCGCUUUGCUGAAGAUGACUUCAUGACACAAGAAGGGACUUUGGAAGAAAACAGCUACAAUUUUGCUAAUUCCUGGGCCAUGCACAGUGAAGAGAAGAGAUGCCAGAGGGUGACUCCCCCAAGCUACACCUGCAACAUUUCAUCUGACAUAGCAGAUAAGGGCAUUAUAGAAAAUUGUCAGCUGCUAAAGACAUCUGCUGUGUUUUCAAGAUGUCAUCACCUGGUUGAUCCUGAACAAUUCAUUGGCCUCUGUGAAGAAGACAUGUGCAGAUGUGCCCAGGAUAGGGACUGCCACUGUCCAGUUUUUCUAGAGUAUGCCAGAAACUGUGCUCAGCAAGGUGUAAUUCUGGAAGGAUGGCCUGCCGACACUGCAUGCAGGCCAAGAUGUCCAAUUGGCUUGGAGUAUAAGGAGUGCACAUCCCCUUGCGCCAAAAUGUGCCAGGGUUUGAAUAUCAAUGAAGUGUGUCAAGAAAAAUGUGUUGAUGGCUGCAGUUGCCCUGAGGGCAAGCUUCUAGAUGGUGACCUCUGUGUUGACAGUUCUGACUGCCCCUGUAUAAAUUCUGGCAAGCGUUAUCCUCCUGGCUCUUCUGUCUACUGGGACUGCAACUCAUGUAUUUGUAGGCAUGGUACCUGGAUCUGCAGCAAUGAACCUUGCCCAGGUGAAUGCUCUGUCACUGGCCAAUCCCAUUUCAAAAGCUUUGACAACAAGCAUUUCACCUUCAGUGGCAUCUGCCAGUACUUAUUUGCUAGAGAUUGUGGGGAGAACUCAUUUUCUGUUUUCAUAGAAACUGUCCAGUGUGCUGAUGACCCUGAUGCAGUGUGUACGCGUUCAGUCUCUGUCCAACUCCAGGAAGAGAACAGCAUCAUUAAACUGAAACACGGUGGUGGCAUCUCUUUGAAUGGGCAGGACAUAAAAAUUCCUUUUAUGCAAGGUGCUUUACGUAUUCACCACACUGUCAUGUCUUCAGUUCGCCUCAGCUAUAAGGAGAAUAUGCAGAUUGACUGGGAUGGACAUGGAGCUCUUGUGAUGAGGUUAUCCUCAGAAUAUACUGAACGAACUUGUGGUCUAUGUGGUAACUACAAUGGCAACCAAGGAGAUGAUUUUCUUACACCUUCCGGCCUGGUGGAAAUCCUUGUGGAAGACUUUGGAAAUUCCUGGAAGCUCAGGGAAGAUUGUCAAGAUUUGCAGAAACAAGAUACCAAUUCCUGUAAUCUCAACCCUCCCUUAGCCAAGUAUGCUGAAGGCUCAUGCUCAAUUCUAUUAUCACCAUUGUUUGAACUCUGCCACCACAAAGUCAAUCCAUCUCCAUACCUCAAGAAUUGCCGCUAUGAUGUUUGUUCCUGUUCUGAUGGCAAAGACUGCUUGUGUGCUGCUAUCUCUGCUUAUGCCAUGGCUUGUGCUCGCAAAGAAGUUCUCAUCAAUUGGAGGCAGCCCGAUUUUUGUGCUUUCAGCUGUCCUGAAGGUCAGAUUUACCAGCAGUGUGGAAGUCCAUGCAAUCAAACUUGUCGAUCCCUGUCCUAUCCAGAUACCAACUGCAAUGAAUUUUGUAUGGAAGGGUGUUAUUGUCCAGUUGGACUAUUCCUUGAUCAGCAGGAAGACUGUGUGCAAAGGUCCCAGUGUUCUUGUUACUAUGAUGGUGAGAUCUUCCAGCCAGAUGAUGUCUUCUCAGAUCAUCACACCAUGUGCUAUUGUGAAAAUGGCUUUAUGCAUUGUAGCUCUAAUAGACGUCCAGAGGCUUUUCUACCAGAUGUUUUAUUUCAGCGUCAUUCUUCUGCCAGAGCAAAACGGAGCCUGGCCUGCAAGCACCCAAUGACCAUGUUUGUGUGUCCUACAAAUGAUCCAAGAGCUGAAGGAGUAGAAUGUAUGAAGACCUGUCAAACCUAUGAAUUAGGCUGUGUCAGCCAUGGAUGUAUAUCUGGAUGCCUGUGUCCCAUUGGAUGGGUGAGACAUGGAAACAAAUGCACUGUACCUGAAAAAUGCCCCUGUUUUCAUAAAGGUCAAGAAUAUGCCCCAGGAGAGACCGUGACAAAAGACUGUAAUACCUGUGUCUGUCGUGCUCGAAAGUGGGAAUGCACAGAAAAUGUCUGUGAUGGUUCCUGCUCAGUCAUUGGUACAACUCAUUACUUGACCUUUGAUGGACUGAAAUACAGAUUUCCAGGCAACUGUCAGUAUGUACUAGUUCAGGAUUAUUGUGAUAAUGACAAUUCUGGAACCUUUCGGAUACUUAUUGCCAAUGAGGGAUGUAGCUUCACAGGGGAGAGGUGCACUAAAAGGAUUACUAUUCUGUUUGACAGUGGAGAGAUUGAGCUGUACAAUGGAGAUGUUAACAUCUUGACAUCUCCUAGAGAAGAAUUCAAUUUUGAAGUCUUGAAGUCUGGGCGCUACUACAUCCUGUUGCUGGACAGAGGAGGAAUUGCUCUAACUUGGGAUCAAGACAUGGGGAUUACUGUUAUUCUGAAAGAGAAUUACAAAGAUCAAAUAUGUGGUCUGUGUGGCAAUUUUGAUGGUAUCCAAAACAAUGACUUGACCACCAGCAAAAACCAGCUUGAAGUGGAUCCAAAUGACUUUGGGAAUUCCUGGAAAGUUAAUUCACAGUGUGCUGAUGUCACAAAGGGACAGGGAUUGGUUUCUUCACUGUGCAAUGGCAAUGUAGUGAAGCAAGUGAUGGUGGAAACCUCUUGCAGUGUCCUGAACAGUGAUGUCUUCAAAGAGUGUAAAAAAAUGGUGGAUCCUGAGCCAUAUGUGGAUAUCUGCAUGUAUGAUACUUGCGCUUGUGAAUCUGUUGGGGAUUGUGCCUGCUUCUGUGAUGUCCUAGCUGCUUACGCCCAUGCCUGUGCGCAGAAAGGGGCAGUGGUUCACUGGAGGUCACGUACUCUAUGCUCACAAAGUUGUGAAGACAUGAACAAGGAAUUAGGAUACCAGUGUGAGUGGAGGUAUAGCAGCUGUGGUCCUGCCUGUCCAAGGACAUGCCAGCACUUUGAGCCAGUGGUGUGCCCUGUGAAAUGUGUUGAAGGAUGUCAUGUGCAUUGUCCUGAAGGGCAAAUACUUGAUGAGCUAUCUGAGUCUUGUGUUGAACUCGAAGAAUGUCCAGUAUGUGAAUUAGAAGAUCUCAGGAUUCCCCAUGGGAAGAGGAUCAUUUUGAACACUGAAGAUGCACAACUCUGCCGCUCUUGCCAUUGUGAAGGACGAAACUUGACAUGCCAUACAUGUGAUUCAGAAGUGACUGGUGAAAUUCUAAUGGCCACAACUAUUGCUCCAGAAGAUCAGGUGACACGUGAAUACUCUUGCAGCAAAAUGAUGGACCUUGCCUUCUUAAUUGAUGGCUCCAAUAAGUUUUCUGAGAGUGAUUUUGAGCAGCUGAAAGCUUUUAUAAUUAGCAUGAUGGAAAAACUCCACAUCUCCCAGAAAAGAAUUCGCCUGUCAAUCCUAGAAUACCGCACGGGCUCACACAUUUACCUUGGCCUCAAAGAUAUUAAAAAACCAUCUCAAAUGAGGAGGAUUGUCCAAAAUAUAAAAUACACUGGUGGAGAUGUUGCCUCUGCAACUGAAGUACUUAAAUAUGUUGUAUUCCACGUGUUUGGGAAGGCUCCACGGACAAAUGCUGCCAGAAUUGCUGUGUUACUUACAGCUAGUAAGGAUCCAAAGAGAAUUCAAACAAUCUUCCCACUUUUGAAAAAGAAGCAAAUUACCGUAAUACCAGUUGGGAUUGGACCUCAUAUCAGCAUUGACCAAAUUGAACUAAUUGAAAGACAGUCACUUGAGAAUAAGGCUUUCAUAAUGAACAGUGUGCUUGAGCUAAGGGAACGUAGGGAUGAAAUAAUUAAUUACUUCUGUGGUCUUGUGCCUGAAGUAAGUGCAAUAUUAUUUACAACACAGCCCCCUAUUGCAACUCUUCCAAGUGUCACUGUGGUACAUGGACUAGAUGAGGCAUUAACGAAAGCAGUCCGAACACAAUUUUCAGUUUCUGUUCACAAGACCAUUGAUAUUAUUUUUUUACUUGAAGGGUCUGACAAAGUUGGUGAAGAGAACUUCAAUUUGGUCAAAGAGUUUAUAGCCCGCACAAUCAGAGAAAUGGAUAUAGGAGAAGAGACCAUUCAUGUUAGCAUCAUACAGUACUCUUUUACAAUCACUAUGGAAUAUUCCUUCAGUGAAGGACAGUCAAAGGAAGACCUGAUUAAGAAGGUGGGGGAGAUCAAGUUCCAUGGAGGGAAUGCCACCAACACUGGAAAGGCUCUCAAUUUUGUCUCUGAACAAACGUUAGCUACAAGCAGUAGAAGAGGGCAUGUACCACACUUAGUUUACAUGGUGACUGCAAACCCUGCCACAGAUACCAUCACUCGCCUGCCCACUGAUAUCAACCUAAUUCCCGUUGGUAUAACUCCAAAUGUGAACAUCCAAGAACUCAAACAGUUAAGCCAGCCACAUGCUCCAAUAAUCUUAGAAGGGUAUAACAGACUCGUCCAAGAAGGACCUGACUUGGUAUUAAAAACAUGUUGCUUAAGGGAAGGAACCUGCAGCAAACCAAUGGAUGUAAUAUUUCUUCUGGAUGGGAGCUCAAAUGUUAGCAAAUCACAUUUUGAGGAAAUGAAACAUUUUGUGACGGCAUUUAUUGAACACACCAACGUUGGCCGAACUACAACUCAGGUGGCAGUUCUUCAAUAUGGAAAAGCAAGUACUUUGGAAAUUUCAUGGAACGUACUCCAAGAGAAAGCAAAUCUUUUGUCUAUGGUGAGCUCAAUUGAUCAAAGAGAGCAAGGCCCCAGCAAACUAGGGGAAGUGAUUGACUUCACAGUUCAGCAUGCCAUUUCUGAAGUCAAUGGAGGAAGGCCCAAUGCAUCCAAAGUAGCAGUGAUUAUAGUAUCCGAUGCAUCACAAGACUCUGUGGACACUGCUGCAUAUUCUGCAAGAGUCAAUAGGGUGUCAUUGCUUCCCAUUGGAGUUGGAGACAGAUACAAGGAAGCAGAACUGAGAACUUUAGCUGGGUCGUCUGCCCCUGACAGGAUCAUUAAACUGCAAUGGUUUGAUGACCUUCCCACCAUAGCAGCAUUGGAUGACAAAUUUGUCAGGAAACUUUGCACAGAGACUGCUCAAGAGUGUAUAGAUGAGGAUGGGAAUGCAAAAACUCCUGGUGACAAGUGGACGUUGCUGGAUCAAUGUCACACAGUGACAUGCUUACCAGGUGGCCGUACAGUUCUGGAGAGCCAUCGAAUUAAUUGUGAGAAGAUGCCCAAACCAACAUGUCGUAACAGUCUUCCUGCUGUUAAAAUGGAGGAAACGUGUGGCUGCCGUUGGGUGUGUCCAUGCACAUGCAUGGGAAGUUCAACCAGACAUAUUGUCACCUUUGAUGGACUGGAUUUUAAACUGACAGGCAAUUGUUCCUAUACAUUGUUUGAAGACAAAAAACAUGAUAUUGAAGUGGUUCUUCACAAUGGGCCCUGCAGUUCAACUGUGAGACUUAAUUGCAUGAAUGCCAUGGAGGUGAUAUACAACGGCUCAUCUGUGCUCCUUUCCAGCAACAUGAUGGUUGCUGUGAAUGGCAAAGCAACAUACGUUCCUUAUGCUGAUGAUCAUGUUGAAGUCAAUAUCUAUGGGGCAAUUAUGCAUGAAAUCAGGUUCUCUCAUCUGGGGCAUAUCCUCUCCUUCACUCCAAGCAACAAUGAAUUUACUUUACAGCUUAGCCCAAAACAUUUUGCCUCAAAAACGUAUGGCCUUUGUGGGACUUGUGACCAAAACAGUGGCAAUGACUUGGUAUUAAAGAAUGGCUCCUUUACACCUAAUAGCAGCACCUUCAUUGAAGAAUGGACAGUGAAGCAACCAGGGGAAGUCUGUGAGGUGAACAGAGCUGACAGAUGUGCUGAGCAUGCCUCUACCAAAUGCAGCAUUUUGCUGUCUCCUCAGUUUUACGAAUGCCACCAAAACAUUCCUCCAAACAUGUUCUAUGCAGCAUGUGAAGAAAACAAUUGCUAUAGUGAUGAAAUAUGUGAGAUUGUAUCAUCCUAUGCACAUCUUUGCAGAACACAAGGGAUCUGUGUAGAUUGGAGAUCUCCAGAGUUUUGUGCUAUGAAAUGUCCCAUCUCUUUGAUGUAUGAUCACUGCCAAAAAGGCUGCACAAAGUACUGUGAGAAUGGUACCAGCACAGAUAUAUGCAUCGAUUAUCCUACAGAAGGCUGCUUCUGUCCACAGGGACAAGUGACCUUAGAUGGCAAGUGUGUUCAUGAAGAGGUCUGCACGCAGUGUAUCAGUGAAGAUGGGAUGCGCCACCAGCACUUAGAAACAUGGAUUCCUUCCAAUGAACCCUGCAAGAUCUGUGUGUGUCUAGAUAACAGGAGCAUCAACUGCACCAUUCAGCCUUGUCCUACUGCCAAACCUGCUCUUUGUGGUCCCUGUGAAAUUCCAAGAUUACGAAAGGAUUCUGAUCAGUGUUGUCCAGUCUAUGAAUGCGUCUGUGAUCUGGUCAGUUGUAAAAUGCCUCCUGUACCUCAUUGUGAAGAUGGUCUCCAGCUUUUGCAGACAAAUCCUGGAAAAUGUAGACCAGAUUAUGCUUGUGUCUGCAAAAAGGAGGAUUGCAAUCCACAGUCCAUUCUUUCCUGCCCACCUCACCGGAAGCUUACUGUGAAGAAGACUCAAUGCUGUGAUGAAUAUCAAUGUACUUGUAGCUGUGUCAAUUCAACAGUGGCAUGCCCUACUGGAUAUUUAUCAGCAUCGCUCACUAAUGAUUGUGGGUGUACAUCUACCAACUGCAUUCCAGACAAGGUUUGCAUCCAUCAAAAUGUUGUCUAUCCUAUUGGGAAGACUUGGGAGGAAGGCUGUACAGAGUGUACCUGCACAGAUAUGGAAGAUGCUGUUACAGGACUAAGAAUUACAGAAUGUCUUGAGAAAGAGUGCAGUAAGAUUUGUCCACCGGGAUAUAAGUAUGUCAACAAAGAAGGAGCAUGCUGUGGGAAAUGUCUCAAGGCUAUGUGUGAUGAGGCAUUUCAUUGGCCUCAGGGAGAUGAAGAUGUCCAUUGGCACAAAGUUGGCUCUGAAUGGCAAUUGCCCUCAAACCCAUGCAUCAUCAGAGAAUGUGUCCGGGUGAAUGAGGAGGUCUUUAUUCAGACAAAAAACAUUUCAUGCACACAGAUGGAGCCCCCCAGUUGCCCAUUUGGAACAGAGCUGCACUGCAACCAAAAGACUGACUGCUGUCCUUCAUGCCGUUGCAAACCUGUUAGCGGCUGUGUUUUGAAUGGCACCAUUUUUGAGCCAGGGAAGCAUGUAUUGUUGGAUCAAUGCACCAGCUGCCAUUGCAACCUACAGAGGGGAUUGUAUUUGAAAUACAGAUUGACAUGUGGAAAAAUUACCUGUGAACCUUGCCCCAAGAAUUACAGAAUGGAAAAAGUCUCCGGCUCCUGCUGUGGUAAAUGUUUGCCAACUGUAUGUGCCAUACAACUGAGGAACAGAACCAUUCUGUACUUGAAGCCAAAUGAGACGAUCCAAGAUGGCUGUGACAGCCAUUCUUGCAAAGUCAACGCAAAAGGAGAUUUCAUCUGGGAAAAGAGAAUUACUGGUUGCCCACCAUUUGAUGCCAAUAAAUGUCUGUCUGAAGGAGGUAAAAUCACAAAAAUUGAGAACACAUGCUGUAAAACAUGUGUAGAGCCAGAAUGCAAACAAAUCACAGGCAGACUGGAAUAUGUGAAAGUGGAUGAUUGUGUGAAUGAAAGCCAGCUGAAUAUCCACUACUGUGAGGGCAAAUGUACAAGCAAAGCUGUUUAUAACAUUACAGUGAACCGCAUUGAAGAUCAGUGCACCUGUUGUUCUGCUACAGCGACAGAUUCAAUGCACGUGCCCCUCCGCUGUGCCAAUGGCUCCAUAGUACAGCAUGAAGUUUUUAGUGCCAAACAGUGUGACUGUCUCUCUAGGAAAUGCAAGCCAUAAAUAUUUUUGGGAGCUAAUGUUUGUGAAGUUUUUUUAUCCGACUGCCAAGAAAUUUACAACCCAGUUCUAAUUUUCUUUGUGUGUUUUUUGCAUUUUGAUACUAUUCUUCUAACCAAAGCAUUUGUUGUGACAUACCAAGCAAUAAACUCUAAACUCAUUUAGCUACA